CGGUUUGACGGGUGCAUUCAUUCCAGCCCGCUUCUGCUUAGUUCCACUUUUCUCCGCUUUAGUCUCUCAGCGCUCGAACCCAACAUGAGAGUUUGGUUGUAUUUUUCUGAAAGAAACGGGCUUUUCUCUCCAUAGUGUCUGUCAGUGUUCAGUCUGCAUUUGUGGUGAAUUCUUUAGCGGACUUUACUCCAGUUCUGUUGACUUUUUUUACUGUGACCUCGGCUGUUUGACAUUGGUGCGCUGUCUCUCAGCCAACAGUUGGCAGAAGAACCACAGUUAAAAACGAAAACACUUGAUGUUUUUCAUCGCAGGGAGCAGGGAACACGGCAGGAGGAAGAUGUCGACCUCUUCGUUGGAGGAUAAAAUAAAUAGUAUUCAAGCGCGAUUUCUCCCGACUAGGCCAACAAACAUUCCGAGUUUACGGCCCGGUUCUAGCAACGAUGGUCAUGGGAGUGAAAGGCCUGCUCGGCCAAGUAGAUUAUCUACCACUGGUCAGGGGACUCCAAAGAGACCUAUGGAAUUACCAUUUUCCCAGCCUAAACCUCAGCAAACCACCAAAGAAGAUGAUAACCGAUGGCAAGAAAUCAUUAAAAGAAGUGGUCUUCUCAAAAUCAAUGGACAGGAAUAUCGCACGCAAGUUCAUGAUUUGGAGCGUUUGGGGGAGCUAGGGAAUGGCACUUGUGGUCAUGUAGUGAAAAUGCUCCACAAGCCAAGUGAUGCUGUAAUUGCUGUAAAGCAAAUGAGGAGAUCAGGAAAUAGUGAUGAAAAUAAACGCAUCACUAUGGACAUAGAGGUAGUACUCAAGUCAGACUGUCCUUUCAUUGUACAAUGUGUAGGCUGUUUCAUCUUGGAAGCUGAUGUCUGGAUUUGCAUGGAGCUUAUGGAUACAUGUUUUGACAAGUUACUGAAACGCUUAAGGAAACCUAUUCCAGAACAUAUUCUUGGCAAAGUUACUGUAGCAACAGUGAAAGCUUUAGAUUAUCUGAAAGAGAAACAUGGUGUUAUUCAUAGAGACGUUAAACCUUCUAACAUUUUACUUGAUGAAAGAGGGAAUGUGAAACUUUGUGAUUUUGGAAUUUCUGGUCGUUUAGUUGACUCAAAGGCUCAAACUAGGAGUGCUGGCUGUGCUGCAUAUAUGGCGCCUGAAAGAAUUGACCCAAGUCGACCUAACUAUGAUAUUCGGGCUGACGUUUGGAGCCUUGGCAUCACACUUGUUGAGCUGGCUACAGGAGUUUUCCCUUAUAGCAAUUGUGUCACAGACUUUGAAGUUCUCACAAAGGUUCUCACAAGUGAUCCUCCUAGACUUCCUCUUGAUCAAAAUUUUAGUGAAGAAUUUCGUGAUUUUGUCAACUGUUGUUUAACUAAAGACUACACGCAUAGACCAAAGUAUCGCAAGUUGCUGCUUCAUCCAUUUAUAAAGAAGUUUGAAACAACAGAAGUCAAUGUGGCUGAAUGGUAUGCAUCGGAAUUAAAUACUCCACCUAAAGAACUUCCAGCUGCGCCCAAACCAGUAAAAAACAGCUCUGUGAAUCAAAUAUCUCCAACUCAAAUUUCAACGUCUUCAACUACAACCACUACCAACUGCUCUGUCACUUCAGGUCCAGCCUUGAAUUCCCCUGUUAGAAGGUACUCAGGGGCAGCUCCUCUAUCUACAUCAGUGAGAUGCAAUCCACCAACCCAUUAUCCUCAGCAUGUUCGAUCUGUAUCUGAAACAGGUCGAAUGUUUUAUCCUGUUGCUUCUCAAUAUCAAGUUACUGCAUCUCAGGCUGGCUUUCAGUCUCACAACCACUCAAAUGGAGAGUCUAUCCCUUCUUCAAAUAGUGUGAGGCGUCCCGUAGGUUCCUCUGAUUCUACAUUUGGAGGACGAUUUUCUCCGUUCCACUCAACUCGUAUGGCUAAUUCUGCAGAACCUGUUGCCAUAGAAGCAAGUGGUUUACGUUCAACUCCACCGCCAAUGUCUCCAGCUCAUGCAUUUUGGCAGGCGCAGGAAGCAAGAGCUGCAGAAUGGGACACUCACCGCUCCAGUGUGGGUUCUGGGUUCAUAAAUUCACCAGUGCCGGGAAGGAAGCGCUUUCCAUCAGAACCUCCGCAACCAAAUUAUAGAGAGCCGACUGUGUUUGGAAAUAGCAGCCCAUUAGUUUUGCAGAGACUAUACCAUCAGCAGCAGCAGCAACAACAAUUACACCAACACCAACACCAGCAAAACCUUAAUCAUGUUCUGCAUCAUUACCAUCAUCAUAAUCCAGCUGGCAGCUAUUCUGCUGCACAGUCAAUCAACCUGCAUAUUGCUAAUGAUGAACCAGAUAAUGCAAAGGUAGAGGAGUCAUCCAAUUUAGGAAAGAAGAGGUUCACUUCAUAUUUGAAAUUUAGCAUUGGCGGAAGUAAUAAUUCCGUAAGCAACUCACCAAGUAGUCCAAGUCGGAUUCCUCCCCCACGACCUACAAGGCAUGCCUCACCUGGCCCCCCUCCACCUAGUCCAGACCCUCCACCAAGACUCAGUCGCUUGGGUCUGAGUGAUGGAACCCAGUCAUAUUCCCCACUUGUUGGGAGACGGAGUUUCUUAGAUGUUUCUCCUGUCAGAAGGGGAGUCUUGGAUGUGUCACCAUCGCUUCCUCGCAGGUAUGUUUCACCUUCACCACCUCAACCCCCUCCUCGAAGACUUUCUACAGAAGGGGGUCCUAGCAGUUUUAAUGGCACAAGUGGAUUUAUGACUGGUACUAGCAACACAAGUGGUACGAGUUCAACUCCUGGAUCUCCCCAAGUCCGCCGUUUUGACAGCAUUCGUGCUCGAUUCCAUUACACUCCUCAACCUCAGCGUCGUAUGUUCGGUGCCACAUCCGAUUUCAAUGAUCUCUGACGAAAACUAAGCCGUCUGUGGUCCCCAAACCGGUAGUGAAAUAUUCUUGUGAAGUGGCAGUUGAAUUUAUCUUGACAUCCCAAGCUUUGUUCUCAUUUAUCUUGUACCUUGUAUGUAUGUUGUGAAAAGCUGUCACUUUGUUGCAUGAAUGUCAUUCAUCUACUGAAAAGUGUUGGAGCCAAGACGGAGCUAAAACUCAGUGCCAUCAUGCUAUUCAGUUAAUGUAUACUGUAUACCUCACCUUUAAUAACUCAGUCACAAAGUAAAUGUUAGUAGAGGGACAUGAAGUUUGUAACUUCAUUGCUACUCCAGUUAAAUUUAAAUAUGUGAUAUUUAUUUAUGUAUGUCAAAUCAGGUAAUUUUUAUCCAGCAAUAAGCUUAUAAAAGCGUAAAUUUGCAUAAAAAUCUUGAGGGUUUAGGUGACAAUUGUUAAUGAAGUGCUUGCUUUUCUUUUCUUUUGGACACAAUUUUUUAUUAUUAUUAUUAGGUGAGAUUGCACGAGCAGGUGAGACAAAAGUGUUACCCACCAUGAACUAUGAGCAAUAUGGUUGGCCGUAUCUCUUUUUAUUAGGAUCCCUCUAAAUUUCUAUUUGGGAAAACCAUUGCUUAAGAGUUUCAGAACUGCAUUGGUUCAUCAAAUUUAAUGAUUAAACCUCAUGCAGACAGACAAAAUCUUUGCCUUUGUAGAGAUUUCAAGUAAAUGCUCAAUAUAGAUGUAAGAACUGUUUGAUGCUGUGGUUAUUUUGGGGAUCAUUUAUCUUGCUUUUGAUCACCAAUCCCACCAUUCUCUUUGGUGGCUUACAUCAUGACCCUGAGCACACCAUUUAUAAUUCCUUGGCUAGCUAAGAGCUUAUUUGUGAGGCAUGCCGUAAUGCUUCUGCUAAGAAAAAGCUAAAUUAUGCAUUUUUGUGCAGACGACAAAUUCUUGCCCAUUAGUAUAAUGUCUUUACAAAGUUACUUCUAGUAGUUUGUUGGGCAUGAUACAGUAGUUGUAAGUUCUUUGCUUUGUUUAUUGAUUGUUUUGCAUGGUGACCUGAAGUUUUAGCAUAGAUUAAUUUAUUUAUUUCAAUUGCAAAGCAGCUGAAAACUAUUGUAAUGUGGGAAGUUAAGUCUGCAAGGAAGUGGAGUGUAUCUGGGGUUUAUCUGUGAAACAUUUUCCCAGUCAUUCAAAAGUCUUUAAUUGCUUGCUCCUGUUAUUAUUAGAUUAAAUGCCCAAUAACCAAGUGUGGACAUUAUUGUUAGGUCUAUCUGCUAUUGUGAUAUUGAUUUGUGCUUGUAACCAUGAGUGUUAACUUUUAUACAUGUGAAGAAAAGCUUGAAUAGUCUUUACUUUAACUUAUUGAACAUUUGUGUACCAUUUUAGCUUGUUUUGAUUUUUGAUCAGUCUUAUAUAUUUUCUGUACUUGUAUCAAAACAAUGUUUGAUUAGUAUCACAUAUUUUUGUACACCUAACUUGACAGAAACUGAAAAUGUUGUUGUAAAUCCUCUUAUGAAAUUUAGGAAUUGAUUUUGACGUGUACCCAAUGUACCCUUUUUACCCUAUUAUAUAAGUAAAAUUAUUUGUUUGGUUUUUUUUUUCAUAGUAUUGUUAUGUGCCAAACAGGAAUUUGUAACUUGCUUUGUGCAUUUGUGCAGAAGACUGGGCCAAUGUAGCUUAAAUUUUAAUUGCGAGUUCUUGAAGUCUGUCAUAUGUCAAUGGUUUGAUGAACUAUUGCAACACCAGGAACUUACGUGUAUCAGUCAUUCCUCACGGAACUAUGGUACUGGAUUGAAGUCUUUAUGGAUGAUAAAAAUCUCUAUUGUACCUACCAGUUUUGUUCCCUUUGACAUGACCAUUUUCUAAAAGCCUGAGAACUCCUUAUUUACAAUGAUUAACAUCGUUUUUUUUUCUUUGAAUUUUAUUAUUUGUUGCUUGUUUUUUACUGUUGAUGAUUUGUAUAAUUGUUGAGAAUUGUCAGAGUUCAUAAUUUAUGAGAAAGUUGCAUUGGCUGAAUCUAUGUACGUUCUUUACACUUCUUAGUACACUCAUAUCUAGCACCAGUGUCAAAUCAGGUCUGUGUGAUAUAUGUCCUGAAUGUCAGCCCUGUUCUCUUCAUUUUACUGAAUUCGUUUGCAACAUACACACUUGUAUGUUGCAAAAUAAUUCGUUCAAGUCAGUGGAUUAGACACCAUUUUCUAAGUAAAUGUGUACUUUGUGAUACACAUAACUUUUCAGAGGUGUAGACAAACAGAAUAAACUACAGUAUCUUUUAGAAUUUUAACACUGAUAUUGGUCCCGUCAAACUUGCUUUUAUUUUCCUUGCCACAAUUGUGUGUUUAAUUAAUUGUUCUCUGGGGCUGCUCCUCAAGUUUGUUUGUCAUAUUUUCUGCUUGAUAUAGAAGUUUUAGUGUCAACUUGUCACUCUUGCUUGUAUGGUUAGACCAUUAGAAUUUUACAAAUUGAAAACUGUGUGUGUUGCGUUUCUGUGUGAAAUAUUUUCAGCCAAAAUCCUGGCAAAGCUACAUUGCUUGUAGCCCUAUCAUCUCACUAUUGAGUGGUGAGUGGUAGCAGCAUGCAUGAUUUUGAAGUCCUGAAUGGUUCUAAUCUUAGCUCACAGGGUCACACAACUGCAAUUUACCUGCAUGUGAUACCAGCGCCUCCCAGUAAAUCCUUUCAUGGUUUUAUAUGAAAUGAAAAUGCUUUGAUAGGCAUUCAUAGACAGUUAAUUUCCGUUUGUCUUGGUCCAAUCACACAGUGUACUGUGUCCUGACACUCCUAAAAAUGUUGUUUUGUUUUCUUCAUGUGGUUAGCCCAUAGUUAGCCACGUUGGAGAUUUUAUUUUUACGAAUCAUGUUCAGUUUCACAUUCCUUGAAAGUGUUAAUUUGAAGUGAACUGCCUUUUGUUAGUGACAUUUUUUAUGAAGACUGCCUGUGAAGUUAGGUGCAUGCAAUAAAAUCAUAAUUAUUUCAAUUCUACCUAUAUCCCUUUUGUUGUCAUCUUUUAACAGUUUAGGAAGAGUACUGACUGUGAGAUUGUCUCGUCAAUUUUGAAAUGUAGAAUCAUAACUACAUUUGAGCAUUAGUUUCUUCGCAGCUCCUGUUACUUUGUUUUCCUUUCCCUCUAGUUAGAUUAUUGCAUACUUGACUGUAAAUGUAGUUUAAAACACCUAUUUAUCGUGUAUAGUAUAAUACUGGAAAAAAGUUUGAAUAGCAUGUACAUAAUUAUUAAAUAAAAUGUAAAGAAUGUA